AUGGAAAAUCAAGCAUUAGAAGAAUUAUCUGAAAAAAUAAAAUAUCCUAGUGAUUUAAAUAGUAAAAUAGAAUCAAUACAAGCAAAUGUUAAAGACUUGUUUUUUUAUAAUCAAAAUUUAUUGUCAAAUAAAAUUAUUACCUGUCAUACUAUUUUAAGGGACAUAGAAGAAGACAUAUUAAAAAUUGAAGCAAUGUAUAAAGAGUUCUUAAAAAAUAAGGAUAAAAAUAUAAAAAUACUAAACGACUUUUUAGUUCUUAUAAAAAAUUAUACAACAGUUAAAAUGAUUUGUGUAACACACUCAAAUUUACUAAAAGUUAAAUAUUUUAGUGAAAAGAUGAGUACAUUGUAUGAUCCUAUUGUAAAUGAUGAUUUAGAUACUUAUCAUAGCAAAAUUUUUGAAUUAGAAGAUUUUAUGUACGAUUUAGAAUAUUUUAAUCAUGAUCUAUCUCGGGAAGAUACAAUUGAAGUAUCAAAAGCUAUAAGUCACAUAAAAAAACAAAUACUAGAUUUCAAUUGUAAAUUAUUAGAAUUGGGAGAAGAUUUUAUUAGUAACUAUGAAAUAUUUCCUAAAGUGUGUGAAAUCAUUAGAAAGGAAGAAAAAAGAGAUCAAAUUACUAAUUUAGCAAAAAAAGGAGAACAUAGUGAUGAACCAAUUUCAAAGGAAAUGUAUAAACUUUAUAAAAAAUAUAUAAAAAGAACAUGCAAGAAUAUUACAGAAAGGAUUAAAAACAGCAUAAAAUCGAGCAUAAAAAAUAAAUUUAAGAAAUUAGAAGAAGAACAAAUUUUUGUAAAAAAGUUAUAUUUUGUUACAGAAGAUUUAAAGUUGAUAAAAGAAAGAUUUAAUCUUGAUUUUUUUUCAUUUGAUGAAUUUUUGAAAGAAUAUCAUAUAAAUUUAAAACAUCUCUUAGACAAAAAAUCUAACUAUCUUGAUGCAGGGGAAAUAUUAGCAGUAAUAGAGUUUGUGACCGAUUACUAUAAUAAUGUUGAAUCUACAUUUGGUAAAAUUGCCGAUUCUUUAGGUGAUAAAUUGCUUGAAAAUGAAGAAGUCUUACUUGAUAAAUAUACUAAAAUUGCUGAGCAAAAACUUAAAGAAUGGAUUUCAAAUAUUACUAAAAUUGAAGUAAAUAAGUUUUAUAUGAGAAAUGAAGAAAUCUCAAAAGACGAAGAAGAUAAAUUAAUUUCACCAGGCUUUGUUAGUUUAUUACAAAUUAUAAAAAUGCAGUUAGAACCCAUUUCCUUUAAUAAGCAAAUAUUUGCACACAUAACUAAAACCAUUAUUAAAUACUGUAAUAUAUUUAAAGAUGAACUAAUAAACGUAAUGGAAAAAGAUUUUUUACCUUCGGUCCAAAUGAAAAGUAAAGCAGGAUAUGAAGAUUUCUGUAUAAUGUUCGGUAAUAGUGGUCUUAAAUUGACUCAAUAUAUUACAUCUUUGCCUCAAUGUCAAUCACCGGAAGUCAGAGAAUUGGGAACUACUUUUAUUAACAUACUCAGAGCCUCAAAUAAGUAUUUAUCUCAAUUUGUUAUUGAGACUUGCUAUCCUGUGACUAAAGAUCUUUUUACAGAAAAAUGGUACAAAGAUGAUAUUGUAAAAGUAUUAAUAAUUACUGUAAAAGAUUUUCUAAUGGAUUAUAAAAUUACAAUGAGUGAUUAUACAUUUAUGACUUUUAUCCACGAACUUGCUAAUUCUUUAUCUCUUACAUAUUUAAAACAGCUUGGUAGCAAAAAAUCUAAAAUACUUGACCAAUGCGCAUCACGAUUAAAAAAUAAUUAUCUAAAAAUUAAAUCAAUACUUGAUGAAUUUGGUGAAAAAAACGAUGUACUAAAUGCAUUAUCUCCUCUGUUAAAAAUAAUCCCUUUGAUUGAUUGUAAAAGUGUAGAUUUAUUUGUAGAAGAAGUUAAAUCAUUGCAAUACGUCUUUCCAGAUAUAAAAAGGAAAUUUGUAAAAACGAUAAUCUCUAAAAGGAAAGAUUUGACCGAAGACGAGAAAAAAGAUUUUACACUUAGGCUAAAAGAAUGUUUCGGUGAAAUUUUACCAACCGAAAAAACUAUUUUUAGUAAAUUUUUAGGAAUAUAA